GGUGAAACUCUUGAGCCUGAGAUCAGAAGUGCCUGUCAAGAUGGAAGUGAACCCCCCGAAACAGGAGCACCUGCUGGCGCUAAAAGGUCCUGUUGCUUCUGAUUUGACAAGAGAGACAGUCUUGUAAAUAAUAAAUUGUGUUCUAGCUCGGAAGAAUUCAGCCAAGCAGUUUUCUCUUCCUUAAGAGUUAAUGGAUUACUGCGGAAUGACUACUGAAGUAAUAUUACAUUAUCGGCCAUGUGAGAAAGAUCCCACACAACUGGCAGAAAUUGCAGAAAAGGCAAUUCAGGACUUCCCUACUCACCCGCUAUCAAGAUUUAUUCCUUGGUUUCCACAAGAUGGGUCCAAACUUCCACUCAAGCCUAAAAGAUUACCCCCAGUAAUUUCUGGAGAGGCUGCUGAGAAUGUGAGACAGUACUUAACCAUUUCAGAACCUAGUGUUAAAUCACAGAGCUACGACUGCACAGUAGAUCUCUUGGAGUUUCAACCUAGUUUGAAAACCCAGCACUUAAUCCAGUCACACACGCUGAAUGAACCGAAUAACUCUGGAAAUCUGGAUAGAGAUUCAGGAAAAGGGAAACAGCACAGGAAGAGGUCCUGGAGCGUUUCACUUGCCAGCAAACACUGUGCAGAAAAUAUUUUUCCUUUGUCUAAGAAAUUGCAAGCUAGGUUAAAGACGCUGCAUUUGCACUCCCUUCAUAGAGGAAGGUGGACGUUAGAAUACAGUGUUUGCAACAACCAGACUCUGGAAGACGUUUGGACAAAACUCAAUCGCCUCAUCCGGCACAAUGAACUUCCUUCAUGUAAUGCCACCAUCCAGAGACAGUUAAGUCAGAUAUGGGUGUUCUGUGAUAUGAUGUACUGUGAAUACGUAGGAAGUCUUCUUAAAGAAAGAUUAUCUCUUAUUGGGAAAAUUAAUUUAUUUGUACAUAAAUAUGGUGUUAUUUUUAGUAUGUAAUGAAUUCUGAUCAUAACAAAAAUAUCUGAAUAAAAUGAGUAUGGACUGAAAUUAUAAAAUGAAUAAAUUUUACUGUCAUUACAAUUUUAAUGACUUAAAAUUUGAUGCUUCUUUAUACUGUGAAGAAAUAAUUGUCUAAUGUGUAUACAGUUUGUGUCCAAUAUAUAAAUGAGUAUGACAUAAUUCCAAGUCUUGUCAAUGAAGUCAGGAACAUUCUAGAUUUUUAUUAGUAUUCUUUUAAGUGAACUGUGAUGAAUUGUUGUUUGUAUUAAAAUUGAGAGGAAAUGUUCUAGUCUUUAUUAUUACUGAUUGACUUUAAAUAAAUGGGUUGAAUUUUAGUGAA